CUUCGAAAUGCCUCCCUCGCCUCCUGCUUCUUCAAAACGAGCUUCUUCCCCGUCGAAACGCCGGCGUCCCGACGAUAAGGUUCCGAUAGAUGUCGAUUUCGACAUAACCCCACGACCUUCGCGCCACCUCGCUUUCGAUAUAGGUCUUUCGCUCCAACAAACUCCGUCGCGGUCCAGGCCUUCCAAGCGCUCCCUCAGCCCAAUCAAGUUUACAGACGAGCUCGCAAUGCUAGAGAAACCUAUCCGAAUCAAGAAGCCUUCCCUUGAGUUGCUGCCGACAAAAGCGCAGGAGCUAUACAGCAGCGUACUUCGAAUGGUCGAUUUUGCCAUCGCAAUCGUGCCAAUCGAGGCGGAACGGGCGUUCGGGGAACAUGUACGCAUGGCGGAGCUCCCGCCCACGAUUUUCAAGGGCCAAAAGGAUGGUCAAAAUGCACACGCAGUGGCAGAAGCAGAAAGGGAGCUUGAAUCUCUACUCGAAAUCGUAGCGGAUGCCAACAAAUGCUCUACAGAGGGUUUGUCGGAGUUUUCUUGGAACAUUGAAGUCCAUGCACCUCUGCUCAAACUCGCGACUCGAAAGACCCCUGGUGUGAGCCGAUACGAAAUCAUCUCUGCUCGCGUGUCAAAUCUGUGCUUGCCCCCAUUCGGCGACGGCGCCACCUGCGAGUUCCCAGAAUCUUACGUUGCCCCUCCGUCCUCGGUAUCGUCUAAAAGCACCAGCUCAACUGCUGCGUCCCGCAAGAAGGAUAAUCAUGUUGCGGCCGGGAGAAUGGUGGACUUUGGUUUGUUUAUGGAGACCAAGUCGACACCGCUCGAAAAAGCGAUAUCGGCUCUAGUCCUACAGUCAGAACAACGUUCCGUCAACCACAGCAGUUAUAGCCCUCUCCGUUCCCUACCUUUGGGCGUCAGUAUCGAAACGAAAAGCCCCGGUGCAGCAGAUAAUGGGCUCGUUCAAUUAGCUCUAUGGACGGCGGCAUGGUUUCGACGGAUGGAACAAUUAUUAGAACUAUUAACAUACCGACAAACCGAGUUUCAAAUGCUCGAAGCAGUGCCGGCGGUUUUGGUGAAUGGACACCAAUGGCGUCUGCUGUUUUUUUGCCACCGAGGCGACUCUAUCACAUGUGUAGGCGAAAUUCCGAUGGGGGAUACCACCACUUUGACGGGAGCCUACAAAGUGCUGGGGGUGUUACGUCUCCUUGUGCGCUGGGUAGACGAAGAUUUAAGGGAAUGGUUUGAAGGAUUGCUCCUACGUGCGUAA